GAGGGGAAUUCCGGGAGGCGGCGGGACCCAGGCGCUGCCUGAUUCGCGCGUUUUCCGCGGCGGCGGAGCGACGUUCCCGCGCCCCGGUGGCGCCGCAGCCCGGCCUUUGGGGUUCGCCCGCCCGCCAUGGACAACGGCAAAGUGUACGGCCCGACCACCGAGCCGCAGAGCAAGGCCCCCGCCUGCCGGUGCACCGUCACCCGGCUCAGCCGCCAGCGCCGGCUGCUCAAAGGGGCGCAAGUGCUGCUUUCCUUUUUGGCCUUCAUCCUUGAAGAAAUUGUGGAGAGUUGUAGCCUGUGCGGUGGGCUUUAUUUCUUUGAAUUCAUAAGCUUCAGUGCCACCUUUCUGAGUCUCCUGAUACUGAUUGUGUUUUUCACCUCUGCAUAUGAGUGGGUUGAGAAGGAUAGAUUAAAGACAUUGGAUUUCUGGGUCACUACAGUAGUGGGAGUUCUCUUUUUUGUAGCUUCCAUUGUGUUUGCUGCAACCAAUGACAAGUCAUCUGUUGAAACUGUUGCAAUUGUGUUUGGCUUUUUGGCAAGUAUAGGAUUUCUAGCCGAUGGUAUUCAAAUGUUUAUGGAGAAACGUAAAGCGAAGGAAAAUAAAUUGGAGAACACUGGCAACACACAGAACACACCAGAAAAUCAGCCGCUGAAUAACCAAAGCUAAACUUAAAAAAAGUCCUUUAAUUUCUAUGAGUUAAAUUAAUCAAGAUGAAAUACUUUCAUUUCCCUACUUAUUUCACUGCAUUGAGGGUAACUUUGUCUUCUCUCUCUUUUGCAUCUAGCCAGCUUUGUACAAGUCUGACCCAAUCAUAAGCUUUUAUGGACUCUUAAGUUUUUUAACAAUAGUAUGUUGAGCAUCAGGGUUUGUACAAUUCUCCAUCUAACUUGUCCUGACUAAUAAUUGUUAGAGGGACAUUCUAAAAGGAAGAAAUUGCCUCCAAAUAGAUUUUUUUUUUUAAUUUAAACAUAAAAUAGACAUCAGUAACUGAAAGCACUGAGACUUCUGAGAAGAAUGACUGUAAUACAGGCGAACUCAUCAGGCGUAAAUUCUGUUUUUAAAAUAUUUAAAUUUUAUAUAAAUACAGCAGGCUAGAAUUAGAAUUCUGUUGCAUUAAUUCACACUUAUCUAUGUUGGUGAUAUCUAGAUUCUUGCCUCUGAUACUAAGAAUGACUUAGUACAGGGGUUCUCAAACUGGGGGUCAGGACCCCUCAGGGGUUCGCAAGGUUAUUACAUAGGGGUCACAAGCUGUC